UUUGCCUACUUGCUUCUCUCUCUCGUUUGGAUUAUUAUUGGGUUUGGAUCUGUAAAGAUCCAUAUGCAUAUCCAAUUAGAAACGAGUUUCUCUUUCGAAGCGAUUUAUUUACGACCAAAGAAAGAAGAAGGGGGAAAAGGAGAGAGGAAUAAUAAAAUAAAAAAACAGGAAUGGAAGUUUGUGAGGGAGAUGAUGAUUUGAUGAAGAAAGUAGAAGCGAUAAGCGUCGAUGAUAGAUCUAAAUCCACAAAAGUCAUCGAUCUCCUUCGAAGAUUUCUUGGUAUUCAGCAGAGGAGAGCUGAAGCUUACGCCAAGCUCAGGAGCCAAUAUAUGGCUGGUGGAGGGGAGAUUGCUUAUCAACACCUUUGUGGCGAGAUUACAGGAGAGUUCAAUGAAUGUUCAAAACAGGUCAUUGAGAUGGAAUCCUUUCUACUAAGGCCAGAUUUAUGUCGUGGUGAUCUUGCUGAGCUUUUAAAGGCUGUCCAGGCACAGGAGAAACAGAAGCUACAAUUGACGGUAAGAAUUCAGAUACUAAAAAAAGCGGGACGUCCCUCAGAGCGACCUGUGAGCCACGACAGCUGUCACUUCAGCAAGCCAGAAGAGCACGUGCAUGAGUGCAUGCACGUGCACGAGCUAACUGAAGUAGCUGGAACAGAGGACGCUGAGGCUGAUGCUGAGUAUGACAGUGCGCUUAAAGAAGCUAUAUGUGGUGUUCAGGAUGCGGUCACGACCAUUAAUGAGCACCUGGAGGAAGUUCGGUAUGAAAUUGAGGCCCUGGAAUCUGAAGAAUAGCCGCUUGAAUAGUUGAAUUUAGCACAAAAGAAGGAUUUGGGAUUGCUCUGAAGUUAUAUUUUAGCAUUUAUGAUUUCCAACUUUGUAUAUUGUUCUAAUUAAUAGUUUUGGUUUUGGAGUGGGAUUUUUUGUUACGGUAGUUUCUAAUUGAUGGAUUUUUUUAAUCUAAAAUGGAAAACUAUGGAGGAGGUAUAAUUGAGAAAUAGUGCCUUCAAUCUUGUGAUGCCACUGAAGAACAAUGUGGAGAUGCUUGUCAUUGUCGGGAAAAUUUCAGUGAAGGUUUUUGCUGU